AAGACUGAUGACAAAGACAGAAGUGUAACUGUAACUUUACAGCUGGUGGCGAUAAUGCUCCUUCCGGCUGCAAUUCUCCAGUAGAAGAAGAAGAAGAAGAAGAAGAAGAAGAAGAAGAAGAAGAAGAAGAAGGCGGCAGUAGUGUUGUUCAAGAUGACGACUUCAUGGAGUGACCGGCUGCAGAACUAUGCCGACCUACCGGCCAACAUGGACGGUGUGGCCAUGAAAAAGUAUCGACGGGAAGUUCACCACAGCUUUCCAAGGGAUCUGGCCCAAAACCAUCCUGCAACAAGAGUGUUUGUCAACCGAAGCUUGGCCAUGGAGAAGAUCAAGUGUUUUGGUUUUGAUAUGGAUUACACUCUGGCGGUGUAUAAAUCUCCUGAGUAUGAGUCGCUGGGCUUCGACUUGACGGUGGAGCGCCUGGUGUCCAUUGGCUAUCCACAAGAGCUGCUCAACUUUGUCUACGACCCCUCCUUCCCCACCAGAGGUCUGGUGUUUGAUGCGAUGUAUGGCAACCUGCUUAAAGUGGAUGCAUAUGGGAACAUCCUGGUGUGUGUACACGGAUUCAACUUCUUGAGGGGACCUGACAUCAGAGAGCUGUACCCCAACAAGUUCAUUCAGCGUGGAGACACGGACCGCUUCUAUAUCCUCAACACACUCUUCAACCUGCCUGAAACCUACCUCUUUGCUUGCCUGGUUGAUUUCUUCAGUAACUGCUCCAGAUACACAAGUUGUGACGCUGGCUUCAAAGACGGCGACCUUUUCAUGUCCUAUAAGAGCAUGUUCCAGGAUGUCCGAGACAGCGUGGACUGGGUUCAUUUAAAGGGGUCCUUAAAAGAAAAAACUGUUGAAAACCUGGAGAAGUAUGUGGUAAAGGAUCCGAAGCUUCCUCUUCUCCUCAGUCGCAUGAAUGAAGUAGCCAAAGUGUUUCUGGCCACUAACAGUGACUACAAAUACACAGAGAAAAUUAUGACCUACCUGUUUGACUUUGCCCACGGCCCAAAGCCGAGCACACCUCACCGGCCCUGGAAGUCCUAUUUUGACCUGAUCCUGGUGGACGCCCGCAAGCCUGUGUUCUUUGGAGAGGGAACAGUGCUGCGGCAGGUUGACACUACCACAGGUCGGCUGAAGAUCGGCACAUACACUGGACCUCUGCAGCAUGGCAUUGUUUACUCAGGAGGUUCUUCAGACAUUGUGUGUGACUUGCUGGGUGCUAAAGGAAAGGACAUCAUCUACAUUGGAGACCACAUUUUUGGUGACAUCCUCAAAUCCAAGAAGCGCCAGGGCUGGAGGACUUUCUUGGUGAUACCUGAGCUGGCCCAGGAGUUGCAUGUGUGGACUGACAAGAGCUCCAUAUUUGAGGAACUUCAGUCGCUGGAAUGCUUCCUCGCUGAGCUUUACAAGCACCUGGACAGCAGCAGCAAUGAGAGGCCUGACAUCAGCUCACUGCAGAGACGCAUUAAGAAAGUGACCCAUGACAUGGACAUGUGCUACGGCAUGACGGGAAGUCUGUUUCGCAGCGGGUCCCGACAGACUCUGUUUGCCUCCCAAGUGAUGCGCUACGCGGACCUGUACGCCGCCUCCUUCAUCAACCUGCUCUACUACCCCUUCAGCUAUCUGUUCAGAGCUGCACACGUGCAGAUGCCUCAUGAGUCUACAGUGGAGCACGCCAAAGUCCACAUCAUUGACACAGAGUCGCCGCUGGCCACACGAAACCGCCACGACGUCGACUUCAAGGAGAUGGAGUGCAAACGGCACCAGCUGACUCGAUCCAUCAGCGAGAUCCAGCCCCCCCACUUCUUCCCUCAGCCUCCACAGGAGAUCACUCACUGCCAUGAUGAAGAUGACGAUGAGGAGGAGGAGGAGGAGGAGGAGGAGGAGGAGGAGGAGGAGUAGAGGGAAGGAGAAGAGCAGAGAGGUCUGCAGAUUGCUGUCACAUCCAAUACAUCCUGCUUCCACGAGUCUGGUCUCCAAACUGUUUUCUCAUGAAAACACGCACAUGACCCACCACCAUAUGCGAGACAGGAUUUUUGGAUUUCUGCAAGAAACGAUCACAACGAGUAGUUGGUGGCUGAGCCACAGCGAUAAAGAAAAGAAAGGUGGGGGGGGGCAAAAAAUAGCCUGUUUCCACAUAUCUUUACUAUCCAUAGCCUGUUUUCUCUACGUGAAGCAACAACUUUGGUCCGUGUUGCAAACAAAAAUGUUCCGGUUUCCCCUCAGCCAGUGUGUUGCGCUCUCAUUGGCUGUAGCUCCAACAGCUCCAGAUUUUAAGCCUGCUAGAUACAGCAAGGCACCAGCAAGCCUCUUGUCUCACUGUUUUGAAUCACACGGCACACACGUCGUUGUGUGUUAACCACAGCUGCUGAAACUAGACUCAAUGGUAAAACGGUUCUACUCCAUAAGAGUAUAUGUUUAUGAUGCCUGCUAACGGUGACGUGGAUUUCACAUGCUAACAUCUCAUGAUACCAGCUUAGAGAAACGUCACCUACUUAUUUACCCGGUAAUUCUUCUUUUUACUGUGUUGUAAAAUAGGACCACAAUUCCCAAAGCUCACCCUGAAGUCCUUACUCGGUAACCCUUUACUUGAAGGUAUCUACAUAAGAGUGACAUGACACUGUCAUGAACCCUAACCCAAACUCUAACCAUAACUUGUGAUAAGAAAAACCGAAUGACACUUACUAAAAGAAGCGUUAUGCCAUAAACAUUUAUGAUUUCACUGUCAUGUCACUCUUAUGUAGAUACCUUCAAGUAAAGUGUAACCCCUUACUCUUAUAUAAGUCUGCAUUACAUGUCUUAAAAAAGUAAUGUAGAUAGUACACCUUGCACCACAGUUACUGCCUUAUUCGUCUCGCUUUACAGAUACAGUGAGUGUGAAUGAGAAUUAUUGUUAUUUUGAACAUGAAUGUUGAGUUGUUUUCAUGGUCACAGGUGAAAGGUAUGGAAGCCCAUGUCUGCCAGACGACAAUCGCAAUACUGGCAGGUUCAAAUGAUAAGAUAACAAGUCAGUGUUCCGACUUGCAACAUUUUAAAUUUCAGUCUGCAUUAUUAGACCCUAAGACUUAAUUAAGGAGAAGUCCAAUCUUUGGCUUGAUCCGAUUGACUUGACAAAAUGUGUAAAUAGGAAAUUAGAAAGUCACAAUUUUGACAACUCAUAAUUUUGAAUUUAAGUUUGUUCUGUUUUUUUAUAAAGUCAUCAGUUAAAAUGUUAACUAAGUCAAAUUUGAGAUAAAAAUGUGUAGUUCAGUGCGAUUUGUCCAAAUUUUGACUUAUCACCUCACAAUUAUUAUUCAAAAUGAUGAUGAUUAACUCGCUGUCGUGAUUUUGAUUUUUAUCAUGCGUGUUUGUGUUGUUGUUGUCGUUGGCGGUAAUGGUCCUCCAUAAAAGGUGAACCUGCUGCUGAUCACGACUGCUGUGUCUGCUGUAAACGUGCUGGUACUGUAGUGUGUGUGUGUGUGUGUGUAAGUCCACGUGAUGAGGGUACAAUAGUGUAUUUUUGUGCUGAGAGUAUUAUUACAUGUUGUUAUUUUAAAAAGACCUGUGAUUUAAAAGGAGGACCUGUUUCUUAAAAAAAAAAAAAAAAAAAAAGUAUUGAUCCUUAGAUGAGGUGGAACGUGGCCUCCUCUCUGAUUCACAGAAAGCAAAUGUGUGAAUGUGAGAUUCUACUGUUUUUGUGUUUUAGUCUCACACAAGAAGUCGCUGAUUACAUUUGCUAAAGCGGCCUCAUCCUGUUUGGACUGAAGAGACAUAUUUUGACUUGUUUAAAUGUCCUCUUGACCAUUAAUUGUUUGACCUUUUUCAGCCCCGGGUUGCACCUUGGGAUGCUUAUCGUGUUAUUUGAGGUUUCAGAGCAAAAAGCACCAAUGAUUUAAAUGUUUAAUAUCCGUUCAUCUCAGAACUGUUGAGCAUGCCUGUGUUCGCUGUCAGCUUUGAAGCCUAACUUAGACUGUAAUAAUCAGACAUACUGAAAUGCAAAGUGAACCAAAUGAAUGUAUUUUUCAUUUUUUACCAGCAGUAGGUAAUGCAUGGGUUGACUUUUUUUUUUUUUUCUCGUUUUAAUUGAAAUGUUGUCUUUGUUGUGAAGAAUGUUGAAAGCAGCGAUUCUGCAGUUUAGAUGGUUUAAGUCAUGACUGAUGUUUGUAAUAAAUUUUCUGAUCUGAUAUUGUAA